UUUUAAGCUUUAAGACAAAGUCACAAAGAGAAUGAAGACCUUUUUCGUUUUCCUUCUUCUUCUUCUCUGUGCUUUUUCCAUCAACGCGAAUCAACAAGAAGAGAACCAACCAAUAUCACAUAAACUUCUCCACAAAGUCCAACAAUGGAGAACUUCUUUAAAAGAAUCAAGCGCUCAAGAACUCAAGCUAUCUUCAGCAAUCAUUGUAGCUGGAGUCUUAUGCUUCAUGGCUGCCUUAAUCUCAAGCGCAGGUGGGAUCGGAGGUGGAGGUUUAUUCAUUCCAAUCAUGACUAUAGUUGCAGGGCUUGACUUGAAAACAGCUUCAAGCUUCUCUGCUUUUAUGGUCACUGGUGGUUCCAUCGCUAAUGUGAUCAGCAAUCUCUUUGGUGGUAAAGCAUUGCUUGACUACGAUUUAGCCUUGCUUCUUGAGCCUUGCAUGCUUCUUGGAGUGAGCAUUGGUGUCAUCUGCAACAGAGUUUUGCCUGAGUGGCUCAUCACUGUUCUUUUCGCCGUGUUCUUGGCUUGGUCUAGCUUGAAGACUUGUAGAAACGGAGUCAAGUAUUGGAAAAUUGAGUCUGAUGCUGCGAGAGGGAAAGGACAUGAGAGGCCAGAGAAAGUACAAGGAGAAACAGAGGAGGAGGAUACCAAAAGCCUUAAAGAACCUCUACUUGAAGCUAAAGAGAAGAGAAACAAGACUCCAUGGACGAAACUUGGUGUCUUGAUCGUUGUUUGGGCGUCUUUCUUUGUUAUUUAUCUUCUUCGUGGUAACAAAGAUGGAAAGGGAAUCAUAACGAUAAAGCCUUGUGGUGUUGAGUAUUGGGUUCUUCUUUCACUUCAAAUACCUCUAGCUUUAAUUUUCACAAAGCUUGCUAUUUCGAGAACCGAAAGUCUCCAAGAAAAAUCCUCAAACAAUCAGAAAGAUCAAGAAGUAACAAAACUAGACCAGUCCACACAGUUUAUGUUCCCGGUAAUGUCAUUUUUAGCCGGUUUGUUGGGUGGUAUAUUCGGUAUUGGUGGUGGAAUGCUUAUAAGCCCUCUUCUUCUUCAAGCUGGGAUACCACCACAGAUAACAGCAGCAACAACAUCAUUCAUGGUGUUCUUCUCAGCAACAAUGUCAGCAGUUCAAUACCUGCUACUAGGAAUGCAAAACACAGAAGCAGCUUACUUGUUCUCCUUGAUUUGCUUCUUUGCUUCCCUUCUCGGUCUUGUUUUGGUUCAGAAGGCAGUAGCUCAGUUUGGAAGAGCUUCCAUCAUUGUGUUCUCUGUAGGGACAGUGAUGUCUCUGAGCACAGUCCUUAUGACUAGCUUUGGUGCGCUUGAUGUAUGGACUGAUUAUGUGGCAGGCAAGGACAUGGGGUUCAAGCUGCCAUGUUAAGACAUAUUGUUUCUGAUCUUAAAUCACAAAACAAUAUCAUCGGUUUCUUUUUUUAUUUUUUUUCUUUUUCUUGUUUUUAUACAUCACUAAGAGGCUGAAAAUUGAACUCUAUGUAAGAGGGAGAUUUGGAGCAAUAUGGUACUGUAAUGUUUAUAUGUUUUUGUAAAAUUUAAUAAUUUGUGAAUGUACUUAUAGUCAAGACCUUGACUGUAAACAACAGUUUAUGUGUCGCAGUUAAGUAGCUGCUGAUGUUUUG